GCCAUUUCUAUCGAGUUUAAGUCGGGGAAAAUGUGGAAAGUCGAAGACCUUUGCCCACUCACUGCCGUCUGUCGUCAAUGGCGCGAUCUGGCAUUGACCACACCGUCGCUAUGGUCGACCUUCCUAUCGGACGAGUCUCUCCACGAAUGGCCUCGGAAUGUCGGAAUGUACAAGCGCUACAUUCACCGAUGCACCCAUGGUCCUCUAUACGUCAUCCUUCGCGAUAUCCGGGACCGUAAUGCCAGUGCAGUACUAAACAAGCUUGAAGGUAUGAGUGAGCGUAUACGAGAGCUCUACGUGGAGGGUUCAGACGACUUGCGUUCCAAUGCCGUACUGGUCUUCCCAUUCCUACCCAAUCUCGAACGCUGCGCCUGGAUCAAUCACGACAUGGACACCCAAACCCCAAACCCCUACAACUUCUGCGACACGCCACGGCUCCGCACCCUAGAGCUCCGCCGCCUACCAUGCAU